GCUAUUUCCACCAUACUGUUUGGUCUUCCACGCCAAAUUGACUGUAACAGAUACUAGCAAGUCAGAAUAGGAGACGAGGAGUUGGGCGAAAAAGACCAAGAUGAGAAGCAAACAUUUAAAGAGAAACUGCGGCGUCUACUUCCUAGUGGCUUCUGCAGGGGCCUGUCUUCUUGCCAAUAUCUUAUUUGUUGUAUACCACUUAAACCACGAUGAGAGCCACCAUGCAACAGUCGGAAACAAGAGAGAAACACUCGACCAUCUCGUAUUCACAUCGAUGGACGACAACAAUUUCGAGGUUAAGAAUAACGAAGAAAAGAUCCGACAUCGUAAAAAAAUUCUGCGUCCGCACGGUAAGGUCGCUGACUUCCAUGACGAUGACGGUCGUCGUAAGCCUUCCGAUUCCGUUGAUAAUGACGAGGCGUCGAAGUUCAGAAUACCUGCAGAGGAGAUGAUGGAAAACAUGCGAAAUGGAAUAGUAGGUGAUGAACAUGCCAAAGAGGAAACAAGUGAUGCUGAUAAACAUCGUAAAACAACUCCACCCCCAACGUUUGAUAACAAACCGAAUGCUGAUGUGAAGAAAUUAGGUGACAGAGGUUCGGGAGUGAAGCUCGCCCUCACCGUCGAAGGGAAGAGAGUGGAGGAGACACGAUACAAGAAACAUUCCUUUAACGAACUGGUCAGCAGCAAGAUAUCCCUUCAUCGGACAUUGAUUGACGGCCGUUAUGAGGAGUGUAAGAAUAUCAGCUACCCACACGACCUGCCCUCUACGUCCAUCAUUAUCUGCUUCCACAACGAGGCAUGGUCCACACUCCUGAGAACACUCAACAGCAUCAUUGACAGGAGCCCUCUACGGUUGAUCAAGGAAAUCAUUCUUCUUGACGACGCAAGCACAAUGGAGCAUCUCCAAGAGCCCAUUGAGGACUACAUUUCCCAAAUCCACUCGGUUAGGAUACGCAUGGUGAGAGCUGAGAAAAGACUCGGCCUAAUUAAAGCUCGCAUGAUGGGGGUCGAUGCGUCAGAGGGCGAAACGUUCACAUUCCUAGAUUCUCAUGUCGAGGUUAUGAUAGGCUGGUUGGAGCCCCUCCUCGCUCGUCUGGCCUCAGAUAGAACCAUCGUGAUCAUGCCCGUGGUCGAUGAGAUCAACAAAGAUACGUUCAACUACAAUGUCGUACCCGAGCCCUUACAGCGAGGAGGAUUCAACUGGCGAUUCGAAUACAGAUGGAAGCCAAUACCAAACUACGAUAAAAGGCCAUCCAAAGUUGCUCCAAUUAAAUCACCUGCUAUGCCGGGAGGACUUCUCACAAUGGAUCGUUCAUUCUUCUUGGAGCUUGGAGGGUUUGACCUAGGUAUGGAGGUAUGGGGAGGAGAGAACCUAGAAACGUCUCUCAAGAUCUGGAUGUGCGGUGGCUCGAUCGAGAUAAUACCAUGUUCACGCGUUGGUCACGUGUACCGAGAUACGUCACCGUAUUCCUUCCUGGGCCAGAAUCCAUUAGAUAUAGUAGAACAUAACGCUAUGAGGGUGGUUGAGGUAUGGACGGACGAACACAAGCACCAUUUUUACGAUAGACUUCCCAUGCUGAAGAAUCGUGACUUUGGAGAUGUAUCUAAGAGGAAGAAACUUCGAGAGUCUUUGAAUUGUUACGACUUCAACUGGUACUUAACAAACGUGUAUCCUGAACUAUACGUUCCUUCAUCAAGUUCGGUUCUUCGCCAAACUAUCAAUUUUCAGAAUAAAGGUUCGAAGCUGUGCAUAGAUUCCAAUGAUCAGAACGGACAAGCUGGCAAGAAUCUUAUCGGUUGGCAUUGCCAUAACCUUGGUGGAAAUGAGUACUUCGAGGAGACAAAGGCUGGUGAGAUUAGAAACGAUGAGCUGUGUUUAGAAGCCAACUCUGUCGGCACACAUGUCAUCCUCAACCCAUGCAGCCCGACGGGGGAUCCACCAGACAGACAAAAAUGGGUUGUAAAGCAAAAUGGACAGGUUAGGAACACCAAAAUCAACCGAUGUAUGCACAUGAGUGGUUCAACGGCUGGAUCUCUAGUAGAACUACGGAUAUGUAACCCCAUAGAGACACAUCAAAUGUGGGAAAUAACUUAAAACAUCGCAUUUAUGAUGUAUAUUUAUAAAGUCGAUAUUAUUGGAUACAAAUAAUACAAAAUCAUUAUUGCAGCUCUAUAACUAUUUAUUUUCCCCGUAAAAAAAUAUUAAUUAACCCAUUGCCUACUGGAACCGGGUCAUCCCUGUAGGGAUCAGGCAAUUCAGAAGUCGAGGGGUUAAAACCUGUCCGAGUAAAU